UGGAGUUAGUCCCGGUGUGUCUGUGCCUCUCUCCGGACACCAGGGGGCGGUACCGGGCCACCGGACAACUAAACACCGGAACAACCAGAGGAGGAAGAAGAAGAAGAAAAAGGAGAAGAUGGCGCGGUGGUGGAUGUAAACAAAGAGGAUUUUGUGUUUCUCCGUGUGAAGAAGAAGGUUUAACUUCUGGAAACAUCAACACUGAAGCUCUGCUAGGCGGUGAUGGCGGGACGAGGUGGUGGGCGGGGCCGGAGGAUGAUGACUUUCAGCGUGGAGGCAGUCGGCAUCAACAGAGGAGACAGUUUACCUCCAUCCAUCCAACAACCUACACCUCUGUUUCCUGUGAUGGAGCAGAAGCCCCUCCCCCUGACAGUUGGUGAGGAGGAGGAGUAUCUGUUGGCUCUCAAACAGGAGUUCAGAGGAGCGAUGAAGAGUCUGCCGUGCUUCAUCCAACCGGCAGCUGCACACCGAGAUGUGGAGAGAUACUCUGAUAAAUACCACAGCACCGAGCAGACAGACGCCCUGACGGACUGGACUCCAGACUGGAAAAGAUUACCCAAAGAACUCAGGGUGAAGAAACCUUCCAGAGGAGGCGUCUCGGCAGCAGUGAGUCGCUCAGACAAACUUCAGUCGGGUCAGAAGAAGAAAAAAGUAAAAGAGAAAGAGGAAGUGCUGCUCAAACUGGAGACUCUGCAGAAGAAGGAGGAGGGGCAGAGUUCGGAGGACGAAGAGGAGGAGGGAGAGGAGAAGAAGAAGAAACAGGAAGAGGAAGAGGCCGAGGGGGAGGAGGAGUACGACGAGGAAGAGUUCGAGGAGGAGACGGAUUACGUCAUGUCGUACUUUGAUAACGGAGAAGAGUUCGGAGGAGACAGUGACGACAACAUGGACGAGGCUAUUUACUGAAACAUUUUGUCUGUGUGUGUGUGAAUAUGUACACACAUACACACACACA